AUGGCUACCAUCCCCCGCAAGGAGUCGACUCUCGUUGAACGGGUGCAGGCCCUAACACUUCACAGCAAGGGGGCAAAAACACCUGAGAUUGAGAAUAUAACAGGUAUUAAAAAGCAGGCAUUCAAGGCUCUCCUUCGCCGGGCCAGGGAGAGAGGAUAUUGCGUCGGGGGCCCUAUCAAGGAAGAACAUGUCGUCAAUGGCCCAAGGACCGGCAGGCCUACGAAAGGCGCCACCGAAAAUUUCACCGAACGCGUUCGCGAGGACUCCGAGGAGGCUAUCCUCGAAGCUUUAACGGAAGAUUCCACGAGCUCGGAUGCAAUUAAAUCAGCCUAA